CGUUUGUUGUGCUUUCGUAAUAUUCAAUGUUUAUAAACAAAGCACUAGAACGUAAAACACAGGAAAUCCAAACGAAUUUGAGCGAAAUAUCGUUUUUAUUUCCGAUAGCGUAUUCAAAUGAGUUUAGUCUUUGGCGAAAAAUUCGAUUUCGUUGAAUACUUUGAACAGUGCGCGCUAUUUUUAACACAGAACAAAUGGAUUUUCGAAACCGCCAAUACGAAGUUCGUGCAGGCUGGUAUUUUGGAGAGCAUUCCAAAGCUGUGGAUCAGUGACCUGGACUCGGUAACAGUUGAGGAGCUCAAUCAAAUACCGCUGGGUUACGUUAACGAAAGCUGGAGCGAAGAGUUUUGUUCGUUUCUUGACACUCUGAGAAGAUUGACUGUGAAUUAUGACCGGCUUGAGGCGUACACCGCAAAAGAACCGCGAAUCAAAGGAGUUAGUCGCAAGAAAAUGUAUGAAAUUGAAAAUCUCACCUCAGUAGUUGGAAAAAUAUGUGAUCAAAAUGAAUUCCUGCUAGAUUUUGGAUCCGGCUUAGGCUAUUUCAGCCAGAACUUAUUCUCGAGACAUAAUUUUACUGUGCUUGGCAUUGAGGGAGACAGUUAUCGUGUUGCGGAAAGUCAAAGACGUCAAUCAAUUCUCUUUCCGGGGUCUUAUAACUUUGUUCAAUUUCACCAACAUUUUAUUGAACGAAAUUCGCUCGAGUAUUUGCGAACUACUGUUACUGCCACAUUUAAGCACAAAACAGAACCAAAUCUUGCCAUUGUCGGACUUCAUGCGUGUGCAGAUCUUUCGAUAGCAGCCAUCAAUAUGUUUCUAUCUGAGGAAUCAGUUACAAAGAUUGUUAUAAUGCCUUGCUGCUAUCAUAAAUUGAAACCUGCCAAUGAUGAUUGUACAAUUUUCCAUAAUUUUCCUGUUAGUGACCAGUUGCGGGAAAUUCUGAGUAAAAGUAGCUGCAGUUUUAUCGGUAGACCUUUCCUAAGACUAGGCUGCCAACAAACGUCCGCCAGGUGGCAAACAAUGAGCCAAGAGCAGCAUGAGCUGCACGGAAAGUCGAUGUUCGAACGGAGUCUAGCGGAAGCUAUUCUGGAUGUUGGCGAGUUUGUUAAAGUUAACAAACUAAAUGCGGACGAGAAAGAUUUGCUUAGAAAAUUUUCGCUUUUCCACGAGUCAGAUGCUACAACUAGUAUACCGUGGACGACGAAGCACAUAGAACGAUACAACAAACUCGCUGCUAAAUACCCGAGGGGAGAUCGAUUGGCAGAAUAUUUGACUUGUUUCCAAACUUGCCUGCAGUCAGUCUGUGAAAAUCUGAUUCUACUGGAUCGCAUCUGUUAUAUCAAAACGAAGGCAACUCGAGCCGGACGAAAUGUUACUGUGGAUUUGGUAAAAUUUGCCGACGAAAGUCUGUCUCCACGCUGUUCGGUUAUCGUCGCUGAAAAAAACCCCAGUCGAUGACUAUUUGGUGAUAUUAUUGUUCGAAAUCAAGUAAUACAAGUUUUCUAUAAAUUGCGCAA